CGCGACAUGGUGACCCGAUGAAAUUCCAAGUGGCGGUACAUUUGGGCUUGUGUACGCGUUCGAUUGUUUGGCCUCGACACACUUUCGCUACGAAGGAUUGUCCCUCUGGCCUGAAUUCUCCAUUCAUCCAUCGCCAUUUGUUCUCUUCGGCAAUAGUCUCCGCUGCACGCUCUCGCCUUCAUAAAUAGCCAUCGUCCGUCAAAGAUGCCCCCAAAUCCUCACCCUUUGUCUCAUCCCGUGCCGCUUCCUCCACAUUCGCAUGUCCCACACCCGCCUGGUUAUCAUCAAUUCCAUUAUCAGCUGAAUCAUCUCCCGCCACCGGUCUAUCCACCUGCUCCUGCACCGUUCGAUGUCGACCACCUCGCACACAGGAUAACUCGAUGCCUUGAUGACACGCUCCAUACACACCGUGCGCACAUUGACGCGCGUUUCAAGGCCUUUGAAGCCCGACAAGCUAAAGACAUGGUGGAGCUGCGUAAAGAUCUGGUUGUGCUUCGCGAAGAGCAUCAAGCUCACGUCGGUGAAUUGGCGAAGGCACUGCAACAGUCGCAUGUGAACCAGCUGGGUCGAAUGAAGAGGCUAGAGCAUGUACUAGGGAUGGGGGCAGAGAUAACGCAUGAAAAGACCUUACUGGAAAGAUUUGAUCUGCUUUCUUUUGCACUAGAAGAAAUGUUGGAAAAGAUGAAGGACCCCGAAGCCAACUUACCCUCACCACCCAUUUACCACGACAUUGCCACCAGUCCUGUGAGGACAGCAAUUUUGGAUAACGACAGAGCUUCACGCUCCCAAGGCCCACGCGACUCCCCGAUUGGGAGCACUUCAUUUAAUCUGGAUCAUUCAGGCUCCACCUCGACCCUGGUGGCUUCGAGUUUUGGAGAGAUGCUCCACGACUACUCCCUCAAGAAUGUAGGCCAGGACCAAUCAAUCGAUCCAGAUUCUGUGUCCCUUUCUCGUGCCGAUCCAGUUGUUCCUGUCCACGGUCCGGUUCAUUGGCAACAGGAAGAACGCACCAUCGGUCCGAUUCACAGACAGCAGCAUAUCUCUGCGAUUUCUGGUCCACCUGCUUUCCGUCAACUGCAGCCCCUCGACACUUCUCAUGAGUCGGUGAGAGACAGGGAGACUCUCAACGAAGAGAUGUCGGUUGCUCGAAUGACCCAAGUCGACGCAGCCUCCUCGGAAUCGCCGCCCCACCAUAGCCUAUUUAUCCCGUCCUCUGUCACCUCUUCAACGAUGCAGGAAAGGAAACUAUCGUCAGUGCGGACGCCACCACGUUUGGCACUCCCAGAUCACCGGAAGAUUGAAGUUUCGUUUGAUUCACCACUGUCAUCGAUCAGCUCGUUUGCUUCGCCCCCAGCUAUGAACUUCGAAGGAAAAGAGAUGGAAUUGACGGAGCCUGAAUCGUCUGGGACGCGGAGAAGUGUACACAGACAGGCCAGAAAACGUAAGGCAACUGGACAUCCAGAGGAUGCCGAAGUUUCGAAGAAACGAGGUCGUGCUAUCCCUAGAAAGACGGCGGAAAAGGAUGUGAUCUGGCCCUCCAUUACUCCAGCAAAUAAAGUAUUGAAUGAAGUGCAUAGCAUGUCGGGAAGUUCAUUGGAUGUGACCAGUGAGAUUCCAUCUGUCACCGGUCAGUUGACUGUCUGUCUGAUUUUCAUCGAGAGCGCCAUGCGAAAGAUGGUUUCACUAUUCGUAGGCGUUGCUCCAAUGCUCGGUGUGGAUGUCAGCAUGGAGGAUAAAUGCGCCCGUCCAGAUUGUCCCAACGACGAGGCUUUCUUCGAACCCGAAGGCAUCUAUGGACGGUGGACGAAGCUUGACACCGUGAACGGGCGUGUGCAUUACUACCUUGUCCGCUGGAAAAAAUAUCCAUGGGCGGCUGCAUCUUGGGAGCCUCAGCCUCUCGAAGAACAGAGGCUUGCUUUUGAAAAUCGUGCCAGGAGAAUGGGAAUCGAUCUGGAUGAUAACACCACCAUAAGGUUCCCUGAGGCCAUCGCUGCCGGCAUCUCAGACCGUAACCUGUGAUUGCAAGAUCUACUGCUUUCUUUGAACGACGUGCCGUGUGUGUUACUUUCGAAUAUCGCUCUCCCUGCAUGUGUCAUUCACAUGCCGCCGCCUCAUGCUUGAUACCAGUAGCCCUACAUACAUACCGCUUAUGCUUAUUUCGAUUGUCCAGAUAAUUCACGUAGUCCGUAAAAUUAAUUGUAAUUUUCCAUGAUAUCAUGGCGUC